UCUGUUUUGUGAAGCACCUUGAAUUACUUUGUGUACGAAUUGUGCUAUACAAAUAAACUUGCCUUGCCUUGCCUAGAACGCCUAAAUCACUAAAUCACUUAUUUAUCUUUUAUAACAAAUCUGUACCAACAAAGUCCUCCAAUGUGUCCUCUGUCCUUUGAGGUCAAACACACUCAUGCAUGUCACUGAUUUUCUGGUCUGAGUGGACCUCAAUGUUUUCAUAAAUGCUGAGGCUGUACAACGGCAAAUGAAUAUCUCCUCAUUCUGCAAUUUAUAUAUUUUUUUUAAAUAUCCAUUAAAUAUGUGGCUAUGAAGCUCCGCUGACUAAUAACCACAUGAUUCAUUUGCAUAGGAAGAAAAGAACCAUUGGUUUACAGUAAAGGGAGGGCAAAAGUUGAUGACAACAAAGCUUUGUAAGCAGGAACUGCAGCUGUCAAUAGAUUUGUGAGGAUGUCGCUCCAGGAUACAACAGACCUCUGUUUUCCACAGCUUUUCAAUUACUCCUGCAAGAAGCCAGUGUCGCUGUUGUCUGAGACGAUGUUGCUUCAUGUGUUGCUCUCCUGCAUCUCUCUGGUCACCGUGGUUCUAAAUCUAAUGAUUAUCAUCUCAGUCUCCCACUUCAGGCACAGACUCUCUGUAACUUUUUGAUCUGAUUAUUUACCAUAUUCUUUUGCAAAAAGAACAUGUUAGAAAUAUUUUGUUAGAAAUAUGGUACUCAAACAGCAAAGUUGAAAUGUGCUUUUUUGACUUUCAUACAAUGUGGGUCUAUGAAUAAAAUGCACAUAAAGAAUUGGCAAAUUAAGAUAAAACUGAUUAUUUUUAUUGUGACUUGCUAUUUUAUGCAAUUGAAUGUCUUUUAUUAUAAUGAUGUUUUUCUGUGUCUCUACAGGCAGCUCCACACUCCCACUAACAUCCUCCUCCUUUCUCUGGCUGUCUCUGACUUUCUUGUUGGUCUUUUAUCGAUGCCUGUUGACAUCCUUAGAAAAACCUCCUGCUGGUUUCUUGGUGACUCUCUAUGUUCUUUAUUUAUUUAUGUGUCAUACAUCAUCACCUCUGCCUCAGUAGGGGUGAUGGUUCUCAUUUCAGCUGAUCGUUUUGUAGCGAUCUGUGACCCUCUUCAUUAUCCAAGCAGAGUGACUGAGAGAAGAGCUAAAGUGUGUGUGUGUCUGUGUUGGCUCAUCUCUGCUCUCUAUAAUAUUAUACUUGUAAAAGAUGAAUUGAUUCAGCUAGGAAUGCAUAAUUCCUGUUAUGGAGAAUGUGUGAUAAUUGUUGACAACAUCACAGGUACUAUUGACACUGUUCUAACCUUUAUUGUUCCAGUUUUUGUGAUUGUAGUUCUGUACAUGAGAGUGUUUGUGGUGGCCGUGUCUCAGGCCCGUGCCAUGCGUUCUCAUGUUACAGCUGUCACACUGCAGCUCUCUGUGGCUGCCACUACAAAGAAAUCUGAGUUGAAAGCAGCCAGGACUCUGGGAGUUCUAGUAAUUGUCUUCCUGUUAUGUUUCUGUCCGUAUUACUGUUACUCCAUCGCGGGUUCCGUAUUGUUUGACAGAUUUUCAGAGUUUGUGUAUUAUUUGUUCUUUUUUAAUUCUACCAUAAACCCUCUAAUCUACACGUUGUUUUACCCCUGGUUCAGAAAAGCUGUCAAACUGAUCAUCACUCUUCAGAUUCUGGAGCCUGGCUCCUGUGAAACAAACAUUCUGUAGAAAAAGAUAAACUUAUAUACAAAUUUCACAUUAUGGAAAAUUAAAUAUGACUGCAUGGUGGUAUAGUGGUUAGCACUCUUUCCUCACAUCGAUGCAUGUUCUCCCCGUGUAUGCCUGGUGCAGGCCAGACUGACCAUGAGUUGAGACAUGAUUCCCCGUUUUAGAACGCCAGGUUAUUUUUAGUUGAGGAAGAAGCAAAAUUCAAGAGGCUAAACUAAGCUAUUUUAUUUGGAGAUGAAGAAGAACUUACAAACCUUUGGAGACCAUUUCUCAGCAUUCCUUCUAAAAUAGUCUGACUUUGUCUCACCCUUCUGCAACUCCACGCAUGCAGGGGCGUUCCCUUGAUGCUCACACUUAAAAAUCAUUGGGGUUACCUGACACCAGAAGCCAACUUCUGACCAAUCCAACUGCUCCUAUGGCCUCCCUCCCCCUACUACAGCUGUGACCCCUCCUUUCUGCACACAACUCCAGAUCUCAGACAAUAGACUUAUAAGUAAAGAAAAACGUAAGUCAUUCAAAAGCAGUAAUUAAACCCUGUAGAAAAGCUGUAUAAAAAUAAAAUCUGUAUGAAAAGCUUUUGUGAAAUUAAAAUCCUUCACAUGCCUCAUAGGAAAACUGAGGAUUCAAAAUUGUAUGUUGGUGUGAACGUGACUGUGUGAUCCUGCAACAGACUGGCGACCUGUCUGGGUUGUACCCCGCCUUCACUUCACAACAGUAGCUGGUUUGUCACGAGAAAACCAGUGACCCAGAAAGGAAUUCAGUGAGAAGAUAGGUUGAUGGGUAAAAAAAACAAAGUUAUUAGGUCAAUAAAUCCUUAAUUUGACAUUUUGUUCCUUGGUAUUACUUUCUUUAUUCAUUUGACUUUAUCAGCACCAGUUUCAACUGUUGAGUAAAAUUACAGGUUCUUUAACCUAGAGAAGCUUUUUAGUUUUUACCUUAUUUGUAUUUAUUGUUUUUACAAAUAAGUCAUUUUGUAAUCCCAGACAGUGUGGAGCAAACAAGAUUGUGAAAACAUACAGCUAAAAUGAAAAUUGUAAUUAACUCAGGAAUAAUACUUUUGGAUUUAAUUCUAAUAAGUUUAUCAAAUGAACAGCUUCUAAAAUUAUUAGUCCAUCAAAUCCGGGCCCCUUAAAAAGCCACAAAUCUUAUGUGUAACAAAAACACGAACAGUCUGGAAACCGAGUUUUUUUUUUUAAUCAAAUACUUUCUCCAUGAAAAAUGUACAAGAGAUAAGGUUUUGUUACUGGUGGUGUUUCAAGGCGGAAAUGCAAGAAAAUGAGUUGGAAAUAACUUAAACUUUAUUAAAUAGAAAAAAAGAUUACCUGAAAUAAACUUUAAAAAGAACAAACUAAACAGAUAAAUUUCAAUAGGGAAAAACAAAAAUGUCAGAAAAACAGAGGCCCUUACCAUGAGAAAACCAUGAGACUUUAAUAAUGAUGUAUUAUUACCUUAAAAAAAAGCAAUUUUGAUGUUUAAAAGCUCAAAUCUGGUUUUACUAUGACUGUAGAAAACACAGAAUUCUAAAAAAGCUUAACAUAAUUAAAGGAUUACUCAUAACCCAAAGGAUACCAGUAGAAAAGCACAAAUCCUCAAAACACUUUACUUUAUAACAUGUUUGAGAUAAACUUCCAAUUAACAUGGAUGUGCCCCUGUGACUGCUAUUGGCUUUUUUUUUUUACUAAGUUUCUGGCCAAAGGAAGCAAAGCAACCUUUUCUCAGCUGAUCUGAGGGCUGUGCUAGACUCAGGCACUUGAAACAAAAGAAACAGUG